AUGGCCUCCUCCGUUGUUCGUGGUCAGAUUUUGGUGGACGUUAUCAUCCUUCUGGAGCAGAAUUACGAAGCGUUCUGGGACCUUCUCAACGCCCCAAACAGCAACAAACCCCUGAAAAAGUUGCGCAACAGAAUCUUCAACAUCCUAGAGAAUCAAGUUGACCCUUGGAUUGAAGCCUACUUCAACAAUAGCAACGACAGCCUCAAGGAUAGCCUUGUCAACACUCUCUUGGGAAGAACUACGUCUCAGGACUGGAAGUACCGUGACGAACAGAUCCACCAUGGAUUCCGAGGUCACCGCCACGUCCGCCUCUUCAACGAUUGGGGCCUCAAUUAUGCCUUUUCCGCCACUGGCCAUCCUUCAGACGACCACGGAGUCGAGAAGUGGGUUCUCGAUGGCUGGAAACUAUUCUCGGCGGGCUUACGCAGCUUGGAAAAUAAGAAAAGCGAGCGUCAACAAGCUCGAAACCAUUUGUAUUCACCCACUUCGGAGGCCGUUCAACCCCGUGAGCAAAUUAGCGAAACAUACUUCCAUGAGCACCACUCCCGUCAACUUAGCAAACCCAAACGCCUUUCACGAGACCAGACCGACCCUGGUGCACUCCGGGCUCAGCAGCGGAGGGAUACAGAUGCGAUCUCCGACCAAGAAAUCGAAACUAUGGAACAGACGCUGAAAGACCUAGGCGACGUCCUUUUAACCCAUGUCCAGAACCCGGAAAUCAGAGCCAACCUAUGCCUGGACUGCGACGUUUGCCACAACAUUGCCAAGGUCAACCACCUCAUGCUCGCGGACCGCUUCCUGCAGAGAACGGGCGACGCAUCAUUCGCCACUGAGGGCAGGAUCUCCAUCAGCUCUUUCUUGCAGGGCAACUACGGGAUCCACGAGCUGCCGCGCAGCCCUCGCUUCAAGAGCAGCGUAGAGACAACGAUCCGCAAUGUCGAAAAACAACUCAAAAACAUACUCAACCCCAAGGUGUACCAGAAGGAGAAUCGCGGCAAGCGCCCAGAACCUCGUCUCACCUACGAGCCGGAUCUGUUCGAGCCUGAAAGAAUUUCACUGUGCGACAUUACCAAUCUGAGUGUGGAUUAG